UCUCCCUUACACCACCCACUUUCUCUCUCCAAGAAUCCUUCUUCCAUGGCCCCCGGUUUUGCACCUUCUCUCUCCUCUUUAUAUACCACCUCUAGUCUCCUCCCACUUUUCCACCGCCCAUUUCUUAUUUUUCCUCACAUUUAUCUCCAUCCAAACAGCCUUCUUUCUCACCUCCAUCCACCUCCCCGCAUCAAGAACUGAACUGGGUCCAAGAAUUUACGUCAGUUGGUGCACUGAAUUGAACUGAACUGGAUCCAAGAAUUCACAUCAGUUGGUGCACUGAAUUGAACUGGUUCGUUUUGAUCCAAUUGGGUGAGUUAUCCUUUUUCGUGGGUUUUCGAUGACAAUCAAGGCAGGGUACGUGAAUGGACCCGUUCAUAAGAUGAUCAAGAAGAAGAGAUGCAAGAAAAGGGCGAAUCGGACCCAGGCUGAUCCGAUGGGGCUUCAGAGGCUGUUCGUGUCGUGCCGAGAGGUGUUUAAAGGCCCUGGGACUGUUCCUUGUUCUAGUGACGUGCAAAAGAUGUGCCGCAUUUUGGAUUGCAUGAAGCCCGAAGAUGUGGGGCUAUGUAAGGAUUUGCCGUUCUUCAAGGCUAAAAGUCAUGCCAAAGGGAAUCCGAGAGUCAUAUACACAACCAUAUACCAGUGCAAGAAUUUUUCUUUGUGUAUAUUCUUUCUGCCUCCAACUGCUGUCAUUCCCCUGCAUAACCACCCAGGAAUGACUGUUUUUAGCAAGCUUUUGUUGGGAACCGUGCACAUUAAAGCAUACGAUUGGGCCGAUCCUAGUAAUUCAGAUAACUUUGUGGGACCCAAUCAACCAAAAUUAGCAAAGUUGAAAGCCAACGACGUCUUCACAGCCCCAUGCGACACUUCCGUGCUAUAUCCUACAUCAGGAGGCAAUAUCCAUUCCUUCGAGGCUAUAACACCAUGUGCAAUACUUGAUGUUCUUGGACCUCCAUAUUCCAAUGAGGAUGGCAGAGAUUGCUCGUACUACCGAGACACUCCUUGUACUUCUUUAUCAAGUGGAGAGACAACAUUAUCAAACGAAGAAGGCAUCUCUUACGGAUUGCUGGAAGAGAUUGAGAUGCCAAUGGACUCCCUGAUGGACAGAAUCGAGUAUAUGGGCCCGCAGGUUCUUGAUAGUUCUUAGAUAUCUAGGGAGGCAUUCUUCAAAUCCGAAUCCUUCAGCUAGUUUGUCGGGGUCUUUUUCCCGUUUCCUAUGUUUUCAUCCGUGGUGUGUUCAUGUUGUUUUAUUUCAUUUUCUACAUGUGACCGAAUUCUCCCUAUGUAGAUGAAAGAAAUCUUCUUAAUUUUAUACUCUCUGUAUAUAACAUGGUUCUGCUGUAGCAGUAAGAAACUACGGAUACGAACCGGUAGUUUGAGUAGUUUCAUAUGCACGGUAUGUCGCAUGGUUUUGACAUUUUAUUAAGAAAAACUGUGGGUACAGUCCUAGUUUAUGUGGGGGUACAGCUCCUAGUUUACUGAGUUGAAAAUUCAGUGUAA